UUAAAACGCCGGUGAACGGCGAGAAAGUUUGGUGUAUCCACAAGUUUUAACCUUUUUGUACUUUCAUUCAACCAGUGGAAGAUUAAGAAAAUAAGAUGGCUGUGAACGUUUACUCCACAUCUGUGACCGGCGACAACCUUAGUCGCCAUGAUAUGCUUUCUUGGAUCAACGAGUCUGUACAGAUGAACUACGCCAAGAUUGAGCAGUUGUGCUCAGGUGCCGCUUACUGUCAGUUCAUGGACAUGCUUUUCCCUGGAUGCAUCCCUUUGAAGAAGGUAAAAUUUCAGGCAAAACUAGAGACUGAGUUCCUCCACAACUUCAAACUUCUGCAGACCAGUUUUAAGAAGAUUGGGGUUGACAAGAUCAUUCCUGUGGAUAAAUUGAUAAAAGGCAAGUUCCAGGACAACUUUGAGUUUGUGCAAUGGUUCAAGAAAUUAUUUGAUGCCAACUACGAUGGAAAGGAGUAUGACCCACUCGGUGCUCGCCAGGGCCAGGACACUGCUCCUACACCCAACCCAGGGCAGGUCGCAUCCAAGCCAAGAAAGCCCACCACCGCUCCCACGAGGUCUACAACGGCAGUAACCAAACCCCCGCCCAGGUCAGCAGGGAGUGCCUUGCGGAGGCCCGGAGGGGCAGAGGACGUGGAGAGGGUGGAGCUAGCCCAGGAGGUCAGUUCCCUGAAGGCUACUGUCCAGGACAUGGAGAAAGAGAGAGACUUUUAUUUUGGAAAGCUGAGGUCCAUUGAGGUCAUCUGCCAAGAAGUGGAUGGAGAGGCAGAUACGACGAUGCAGAAGAUUAUGGAUGUUUUAUACGCCACUGAUGAGGGGUUUGUUAUUCCUGAUGCUGAAGGAGAAGAACCAGAAGAGUUCUGAUGAAAAUGGACACAACUGCAGUUCAUACCUUAAUCACACACUUUUCAAUACACACACACACAAGUUUGCAUGUGCAACGUUCAUACGCACUCUUUGGGUCUAAUGAACAUGCACUUACUCACACUGUGGAUUAAGUUGCCUCUGGAUUAUACACUGCCUGCCACCUUGGUCCAACUGUUUAUUGGACCAAGUGUUUUUUAGUUUUUUUUGGACCAUAAAAUACAUUUCAGAGACCCUGCUGAUCCAGCCGCCAGAGAAGAAGAACCCUGGAUAAAAUUCCAAUGGGUCCUUAUUUUCUGGGGGUUUUCUGCCUUGUUCUUAUUCUGGCCUUUUCUGUGCCUUUAAAUUUAGGCCUGUUACUUUUGAAAUAUGUUCAGGUUGUCUUUUUAUUCCUUAUAUAUUUCCAAUUGACCUAAACAGUACUGUACUAGAUUAUUUUGAUAUGAUAUUUGCAAAUACGAGUCAUUCUUAAAUAUAUAUAUGAAUGUUUACUCUGCCAAUUGAAAUGAUUGUAAUUUUUAUGGUAUGUUUACACACAUUCAUUAUAUACUUAAGAGUUAAAAUUUGUGGUUUAGGCGAUCAGCAUUUGUAUUUAGUUUGUUUUUAUCUCCGCAGGUAUUCAUCACAUUACUUUUUUGAUUUUUUUCAAUGAAAUUAAGUGUUUUUAUUGAGCACCUUAAAUAAAAAAAGAAUGUACUUCUUACUUAAAAGCAAAA